AUGAUUUUAAGAAUUUUAUCACAGCUGUUUUUAUUCAUUAAUAUUAGUCGGGUUCUUUGUCAUCCGGUUGGUAAUACUGAUGCUUUGAAGCUAUCGCCAGAGUAUUCUUUGCCUGAUUUGCUGAAGGCUGAUUCUAUUCCUUCGCAUUGGUCUGCUGAGGAUUCUGUUAAGUUGGCGGAAGGUAGGAUUGUUUUAACUCCAGAAAAAAAGACAAAAGGUUCAUUAUGGUUAAAGAAUGUAUACAAUUUGGACCAUUCGUUUACUAUUGAAUGGACUUUUAGAAGUGUCAGUUUCUUUGGUAAAUCGAAAGGUGGUUUAUCAUUUUGGUUCACCGACUCAAGUAAAGAAAAAAAUAAGAAUCUAUUCAAUGGACCCUCCACAUUUGAAGGUUUACAGUUAUUAGUGGAUAAUUCAAGUCCAGUCGGAAGUGCUCUGAAUGCAUUGUUGAAUGAUGGUUCCAUCAAUUUUGCUGAAAAAAAUUUGUAUGAUAGCAGUUUUGCUUCAUGUUUAUUGUCUUAUCAAGAUUCAUCAGUUCCGACAUCUUUACGUUUAACUUACAAUGCAGAUGAUAAUAAUCUGUUGAAAUUGCAAUUAGAUAAUAAGGUGUGUUUCCAAACUAGAAAAAUCAAAAUCCCAAAGGGUUCGUACUCGAUCGGUGUUACUGCUAACAAUGCUGAUAAUGUAGAGUCCUUUGAAAUAUUGAAUAUGAAGUUAUAUAACGGUGUAAUUUCUGAUUCAAUGAUACCGAAUAAAAAAUCAAUGCCACAACCAAAAUACUUAACAAAGAUAAUCGAUAAGGAUUCAGGUAAGGAAAAAUUGAUCGAAUCUUCAAAACUGGAAUUGGAAUCUAAUCAAAUUUCAAAUUAUGAACUAUACAAAAAAUUAGAUAAAGUUGAAGGUAAAAUCUUAGCCAAUGAUAUUGCCAACUUAGAAGAGAAACUGCUUUCUAUAGUUAAAAUCCAAAAGGAAUUGGCAGAGAAUGUUGACCAACUUUCAAGAGUAGUGGCUAACCAACCUUCAAAUGGUCAAAAUAAAAAUGAUUUGGAAAAUAAUGAUAGCUUUAAAGACUUCCUAGCAAUGAAUGAAAAAUUAGAGAAAGUGAUCAAUGAACAAGAAAAACUUAGAGAAACAUCAAAACAUCAAGUCCACAAUGGUCCUCAACUAGAUGAAAUUUUAAGAAAAUUAUUCAUUUGGUUAUUACCUUUGAUUGCAAUUAUGCUAGUGAUGGCAUAUCAUACUUUCAGAAUCAGACAAGAAAUUGUAAAGACAAAAUUAUUGUAA